AUGUCGCAGAAACCAUACAAGACCACGUGCAAAGGCAAAGAGUACCUCGGCAAGACGACCGAGGUCAUGACGCAGACGUUCCUAGGCGACCCGCUGUACAUGUGGCUGCUGCAGUCGCACGCGGCGGACAAGCAGGAGCCGGUGCUGUUCCGGCUGCUGACGGCAUUCCUGACGGCGUGCGCGCUCAACCACGGCCUGUUCCUCGAGGCCGACGGCUUCGGCUGCUGCGCGGUCCUGAUGCCACCGGGCCGCAAGGCCAACAACCCGUGGACCAUGAUCCCCGCGGGCGUCGUGCAGGGGCUCUUCACCAUUGGCUGGGGGGCUGUGAAGCGCGCCAUCUUCGACUACAGCGCCGCGCAAGACAUGUACGCCAAGGCGCUGAACAAAGAGGAGCAGAAGAAGCACUGGUACGUGUUUAUCAUGGGGACUCUGGAGGGGCGGCGGCGGCGGGGGCUUGCAGGCGCGCUGCUGGGGGAGAUGAAGGAGCGCGCCCGCGGCGACGGCCGCCCGCUCUGGCUCGAGGCCACGACGCCCCUGUCGCGGGAUCUGUACAAGAAACACGGCUUCACGACCGUCGGCGAGGUCGUCCUGGGCAAAGGCACCACGGGCGUGGGCGGGCUGCGCGAAAAGGGCGGGCCGGGCGUGACUGUCUGGUCAAUGGUCUGGCGGCCGACCUGA